AUGGCCACUUCAUUCAGCACAAUCCCCAUCAUUGACUUCACAAAUCUUCAAUCCGCGGAGACAAAGCCACAAGCUUUGAAGCAAUUGCAAGAUGCUCUUUUCAAGGUCGGAUUUCUUUAUCUCAUCAAUACAGGUUUAGAGUCAGUGGUGGAAGAAGGACAUCGCAAUGUACCCGAGCUGUUUAAUCUUCCUCCGGAAAGCAAGGAGAAAUGCAACAUGAUCAAUUCGCCUUGUUUCCUCGGCUACACGGCCCUAGGCGCCGAAACCACGGCUUCGCGGACUGAUCUUCGGGAACAAUUCGACUUUGGGACUCCUCUGAAAGAUUCUUGGAUGGAUGGUGAUCCAGUUUGGAAGCGGCUCGAAGGCCCGAGCCAGUAUCCCGAUGCCAAGACUGAAGAUCUGGUCAAUCGCCUGAUCCAACAGAUGUCCAAUUUGGCCGACUCGUUUCUGGGAUCUGUGGCCGAGUGUCUCGGUCUUCCGAUCGACACCUUCGCUCCGUUCCGUGGCAACAUGGACAGACUCAAAUUCAUCAAAUACCCUCCCGCUUUACCAGGAUCUCAAGGGGUGGGUCCGCACAAGGACUCCACAGGUCUCUUUACCUUCCUUUCCCAAGACUCUGUCGGCGGCCUCCAAGUCCUCAACAGAACGGGCCAGUGGAUUGAUGCUCCGCCGGUGCCCGGCAGCCUCGUUGUGAAUAUAGCACAAGGCUUUGAGGCAAUAACGGGGGGUCUGUGCCCAGCUACUACCCACCGAGUCGUCGCUCCGACAGAGACAGUGCGCUACAGCAUCCCUUAUUUCCUCGCUGUCCGCUACGACCUAACACUAAAUCAACUCAAAGAAUCCGCUGCCCAUAUCACCAGAUGCAUCCCAGCUUCUGAUGCGCCAGUGGUGCCGAGUAUUAAUCAGGUCGCAAGCGAGUUUCUCUCUCCGGCCUUCUUCUGUUUCGGCGAAGCCUCGCUGCGGAACCGCGUCAUUAGCCAUCCGGACGUGGGACAGAAGUGGUAUCCAGAUCUCUACGAUAAAUAUUCUCGCGAAUCUUUUUGA